AUGGCCUCAGGGGGCGUGGACGGCUUCUGCGCCCCCGCGGCCUAUGCCCCCCCGCAUCUGGCCCUGUCAGCGACGCUCGCGGUGCUGCUGCCGCUACUGGGCCUGGGUCGGCGCUUCGCCUACAGCCAGCUGCUGCAGCUGCUGGUGGUGUCGCAAUAUGCGUGCGCAGCCCUGCUGGUCUGCCCGGCGGGGGGGACGCCUCGCAGCUAUGACCUCUUGCCACCCGCAUACUAUGCCGUCGGGGGCGCCAUGGGCGCAGCGGUCCUGCUGCAGUGCACUUCGGCGCUGCUGUCGUGGUACUUCCGGCUCUUCAAGAGCAUGCAGGCGGCGGAUGUCUGCUUCAAUCUGGCGCAUAUCACCGCUGCGCUGGGCAUCGGUGCAGCGGCGCAUGUCAGCUGGGACCUGAUGCUGGUGGUGGCGGGCAUCAUGCCGGCCACUUCAUCCCCACUCAACUAUGCUUGGGAAUGGGGGUCGCUGGUGGUGGGGGUGGUGCUGGUGCGGCAGCUGGGGGGCCUGCCGUGGCACCACGUGCGGCUGAAGAUUGUUGGCGUGGCGCUGCUCUUCAGCGCGAUCCUCAUGGCGCUCAUGAGGCGCAGCCACGGGUCGCCGACGGUGUACGUCUACAACAGCCACCUGGUUACCCUGGUGCAGCUGCUGCUCCUGCAGGCGGUGGGCCACCUCGAGCGCACCAACCCGAUGCGCCCGCCGCGGCGCCCGCUCAACCCGCUCGCGCCGCUGCUGGCCGCGGCUGCGAGGUGGCGGCAGCGGCGGCACGAGGCGCGGCGGGAGAAGCAGACUGCGGCCGCGGCGGAAGGGGAUGCGGCAGCAGCGGCGGCGGGCGCGGCAGCGGCGGGCACGGCGGCGGGCAGCAAGGGAGCGGAUGAGAAGGCUGGGGAUGCCGCUAAGGGGCUGGCCGGCGAUCAAAAGCAGGCCAACGGAGGGCAGAACGGCGAUGGCAAGAACGCCGAUCAACAGAAUGGGAGUGUUGCGCCCAAGCCACCGCCGGCGGAGCAGCAGGGCAAGCAGCAACAGCAGCAGCAGGAGCAGCAGCAGGAGCAGCAGCAGCAGCAGCAGCAGCAGCAGCAGCAGCAGCAGCAGCAGGAGCAGGAGCAGCAGCAGGGGAAGGCGGCCGAGCCGAAGCCCCCGAGGAUUGUGCCCAAGGUCCCGCCAGCAUUGGAUGAUGUCCUGUCGGCGCUGGGGAAGCUGUUCAUGCUCCACCUGGGCCCCAACGCGCCGCCGGGGCAGGAGGACGCCAUCUCCAGCGGCGCCUUCAAGGUCCCCUUCAAGGCGGGGCCGUCCGACAGCGACUGGAGCUCGUUCUGGGCCGAGAGCGGCGCCGCGGGCGUCCCCGCGCGCCACAAGCAGCGGGCCGCGGACCUUCUGGGCAGCUUCCCGCCCGUCUUCGACACCGACGCCGUGCUCGAGCGCGCCGCGCCGCCCGGCGGCCCGCCGGCCGCGGCCACGAUGGCGGCGCUGGAGGGCCUGCUCAACCGGACGCGCCCGCUCGCGCGGUUCCAGCAGGCGGGGGACGGCCGGCCGCGGCCGCACGGCAUCCACCCCUUAGUCCUGCAGAACCCCAUGGUCGACGAGGCCGCGACGCACGCGGCGAUGACGUUCAUAUACACCACCGCGACCCGCGGCGCGUCGCGCGGCCUCUGGACGGCGCUCGCGAAGGUGCCGCCCGGCGGGGCCCUCGGGUUCGGCCCGCUGAUCUUGUCUGCGCCGCAAACAAAUGAGGCGUCGAUUGUGGAGGCCCUCAACAUGGUGCUGGGCGGCCAGGAGUACUGCAACCUCAACCCCGGCGCCAACGCGGCCGCGGGCGCGUCCGGCGCGGCGGGCGGGGCGGCGGGCGCGGCGAGCCGGCUGAUCACGCGGGACAUGCGGGAGCGCGCGCAGGCGGGCAUGCCGGCGCUGCCGGCGGCUCUGAGGGGGGACCUGCAGGAGCUGCUGAACCACAUGGAGGGCGGCCAGGUCGCGGUGCAGCUCUGCCCCCGCGCCUCCCUCACCGGCGAGACCCCCUGCGGCCACUACCUACGCGUCUGGGCCGUCGCCGCGCCCGCGACGCCGGCCGCGGGCGGCCCGGGGUCGACCGUCACCGCGUCGGGGCAGCUGUUCAGCACCGGGGGGUCUAACCUGUCGGCCAUGAGCUCGACGGCCAACAUGACCGCCAUGCGCACGGUCACGGGGCUGACCAACACGGGGCAGCUCAUGUCCGGCGUUGGCAUGUCGACGCAGAUGACAAACAAUCUAACAGAGAACAUUGCCGCGCGCUGGGGCGCCGGCGGCGCCGCCGGCAUCAGCGGCUUCGGGCUGCGCCAGCCGGGGCACCGCGCCCGCACGCGCCGCCCGUCGUUCGGGCCGCGCGCGUCGCUCGACGCGGCGCGGGCGUCGCGGCGGGGCAACGAGAUGGGGCUGACCUCGGACGCGAACCUCAGCGGUGCAGUGCUGAUGUCCAGCCUCUUCACAGGGACGGCGGCGCCGGAGGACAACAACGGGCUGGGGAUUGGCACCACGUUCAGCGGCCAGCACACGGGGAUGAACACGCUGCGCACCAGCUUUGGUGCGCUGGCCAACAGCAUCGUCAACAGCGCCUACAUCGACAACACAAUGACGGGCAUGGCGCUGGGCAGCGACGGGCGCCCGCUGGACGCGUCGGAGGCCAACCUGCGGCCCGUGGCCAUGCAUGCGUUCGACCAGGCAAGCUGGCGCCGUGCCCGCGGCGCGCACGUGGUGUCUGGUGCGGUGACCACGUUUGACGAUCUGGCACAGGUCGCGGCGGAGGUGUCGGGCAUCGCCUACACAUUCUUUGUCGAUGAGACGUGCCCGUCGGUCGCCGAGGCGCUAAUCCACAGCUGGCUGUGCCUGAAGGGCCACUCUGUCGGCGCCUGCCGCCUCGCCGAGUCAUGGUGCACGGCCAUGCGCCAGGCGCUGCAGCAGGAGCUCCAGCGCGCCGCCGCGGCCGCCGCUGAGCAGGAGGGCGGCGCCGCCGACGCGAUCUCAGCCGCGCCGUCCGCGCCGCCGUUCGUGUCGGAGUGCCAGGUCGCGGACAUGGCGGCGCUCACGCCUUCUGAAAUUCUGGAGAUGGUCGCGUGGGCCGCCGCCUGCCCACGCGGCGACAAGACCGCGCGCGCGCUCGCGGCGGCAGCGGCGGCGGAGGACCCAUCUGCGCUGUACCACGGCGCCGCGCCCGUCCGCGGCCCUGGGCAGCGGCACGCCGUGGGCGUCGCAGGCGAUUCCGGGCUGGCGGAUGCAGGCGGCCUCGAGUCGGAGCCGAUUGCCCCGCAACACCUGCGGCACCUGCUGCGACAGCUGCGGCUGCGGCUGCUGUCGGGGUCGGUGGACGGCACGUGGAUGCAGGCGACGUUCCCGCAUUGGCGGGCGAGCCUCCGGCGGAUCAUGGUCAACGCCCAGAUCAAGCGGCUGGAAGCCGAGCGGGCGGAGGCCGAGGGCCGCGGCGGCGAGGGCGAAGGGGAGGAGGGCGCGGGCGAGGAGGCGCAGGAGGAGGAGGAAGAGGAGGAGGAGGAAGAGGAUGAAGAGGAGGGGACCGGCGGCGCGACUAAGGUGUCGCAGGCGGCGGUGGAGGCGAUUUUGGGGGCGGCCGCGGGCUGGUGCAUCGAGCAGCGCGCGGUGACGACGGGCACGAUGUCGCUGCUUCGGCAGGUCCAGAGAAUCUGCCUGGAAGCUGCCGUCCCCGCCCUGCUGGACGCGAUCCUGGAGUGUGCCAAGCACAAGCCCGAGGAGUACAUCUCUGACAUUGACCUGCUGACCGUGUACCUCGAGCAGAUCGGAAUCGCAAACGAGGUGAUGCAGUUCUUCGGGCUCAACAAGUUCCGCCUCGGACGCAUCCUCUGGGCCCGCCACCGCACGCACCUCCCCAGACCAGGCGCCGCCGACGAUGCGGCCUCGGACGGCGCGGCGGACGACGCAUCUGAGGACUCGACUGCCGCAGACCUCUUGUCCGAGGCGGCGGCGGCAGCGGCUGCGGCGGAGCGCGUGGCGCCCAAGGGCGGCGCCGCGCUGCUGGGCGCGGGGCAGGCGGCCCCGAAUCCGGCCCCGCAGGAGAUGACGCGGCCGGCGGCCAGCAAAAACGCCGGGCCCGAGAAGCAGCAGGGCCAGGCGGGCGGCAAGCAGGAGCAGCAGCAGCACCAGCAGCAGCAUCAGCAGCAGAAGGACGCGGCGUCGGCCGACGCAGCCAAGGCGGCAGGGGCGGCUGCGGACAAAGACGAGGAUGCGCGCCCUGCGCCGGCGAUGCCGCCGGACGACCCAGAUUCGGACGGCGCGGCCCAGCACACCGCGCUGUUCUCGCUCUGGGUGGGGAACGGCCUGUUCUGGGUGGUGCCCUUCCUGCUGCAGUGGCUCGCAUCCCGGACGAUCGGCAGUGGCCUCAUCGACAACGGCCGCCUUGAUGACAAACACUUUGGCUGGAUGGUCUGGUCCUUCUUCAUGGCGUACUUCGUGGCAGGAGGGUACUACAAUUUGGUCAUGCACUUGCAGCUCUACCACAGAUGGCGGUGA